CAGGAACUGACGGCUCCCGACGCGGCUGAGCGGACAUCGCUGGAUGUUGCUGGGAAGCAGCUCCGGGUUGCAGGGGCGGGAACGUGCCCUUCCCCCGCUGCAAACUUUCUGUCGCUGCAACGGAAGCAGGAACUCGCUAAUCACAAAACCCGCGGGGCCGGUGCGGGAGCCGGGAGGCACAGAGCGUUCCCUCCAGUCCUCGCCGGGUCCUUCCCGCCAGCACGAUCCAGCUGUCCUCGCACCCGGAGGGCCCCCCAAAAGUUCCCUCGCAGCCAGGAAGAAGUAAUUCAAUCACCGGUGCCGCCUGCUCCUUGACGACUGAGGAGGGACCGCCUUGACCUUGAAGGACGGACACUGCCCUGAGGUUUACAAUGUCCGUGGGGAAAGGGCCGGGCUGGGCCUGCUCGGCCGCACUCCUGUGCUUCCUGGCUGUCAGGCUGUGCACCGGUCAGCAGUGCCUCUCCGAGAGCCUGGCAGACGUGGUCAUCGACAUCCAGUCAUCGCUUUCGAAGGGAAUCCGGGGCAAUGAGCCCGUGCAUGUGCAAACUCAACAAGACUGCAUUAGGUCCUGCUGUUCAACAGAAAACAUCUCAGGAGACAAAGCGUGUAACCUGAUGAUCUUUGACACUAGAAAAACCGCCGGGCAGCCCAACUGCUACCUGUUUUUCUGUCCCACUGCGGAAGCCUGUCCACUGAAACCAGCCCAGGGGCUUAGGAGCUACAGGAUAAUCCGAGAUUCUCCGACUCCGACUCCGGUUAAACCUGAAGUGCCAAGACCAGAACCGGCGGGAGAAGAUGCUCUCAUCCACGGCCACUGGCCACAGACGGCCGCCCCUACACUGCUCUCUCCAACCCUGGGUCAUUCCAGGUCCACGGAUCUCUCAAGGAGCCCGGGCCGCUUGGAAAAACUUAAGAUGGUGCAAGAGGAACCGGCCAACCAAGAAAAUGGCCGAAUUCAGAAUUCCACAUUUUCCUCACAACAAGAAACGGCUAUGCUCCUUCUAGAGAAGAUGGCUCUGCUCACAGCCACCCCGGCAGCGGCUUCUCCUAGCGCCACCUGGGCGACUGCGGAGCCCACGGCUCUCGUGUCCACAGUGGUCCCUUCCGUGGCGCCGCGGGGAACCCCCGGCCCCUCUCUGCCUCACACCACCCCCGUUUCCACAGGCGCACCCCGCACUCUGACCCGGAUCACGCCUCCCACCGCCAUCUUCCAGGCCUCCACAAGGUCAGGAGAAGCCUUCAAAACGAGGUCACAAGGCGCCCUCAGCACACGGUCACAAGAUGGCCCCAGCACAGCGCCUGCUGGGGAAGUGGCCGCCACCCGCAGCGCGGCGCCCCUGGACCCUGUGCAGGACGCCGCCCCUCUGGCGCCAUCACUCAGCGCCACCGCUGAGGUCUCCUCGGUAUCCUCGGAAGGCAGAGAUGGCGAUGACGGUCCCAGGGCUGGCAGCCUCUCGCGUCCACCACCCACUGGGCUCCCCGAAGGCCGAGGCCGCCUUCCCUUUGAAAAAUGGCUUCUGCUUGGGACCCUGCUGCUGGGGGUUCUCUUCCUGGUGAUAGGCCUGGCGCUCCUGGGCAGAAUUGUUGCGGAUUCCCUCCGGCGGAAACGCUACUCCAGACUGGAUUAUCUCAUCAACGGUAUCUACGUGGACCUCUGAGGGCGAAACUCUCUGUGAGAAACCGGCUGCCCUCAGAUCUCAGCAGCAGGUUGUUUUUCUGAAACAAGAAAAUACCUUCCUAGCACUGGCUUGUGGUUCACUUUUUGAGGGUUUAAGAAGUGGUCAAAAGGGACAAAGUGAGGUCAUUUGAAUGGUUCUAGAAUGUCAGCU